AUGGCUGAAAGACUUUCUAUUACUGCGAACGGAGCUAAGCUCAACGAGGCUAUCCAGGCCCAGCUGGACGACAUUAAGAAGGCUGGAACCUUCAAGGAGGAGCGUGUGAUCACCAGCGAGCAGGCCGCUGAGAUCAACGUCGCUGGACGUGACGACAAGGUGUUGAACUUCUGCGCUAACAAUUACCUUGGUCUGGCUAACAGCAAGGAGCUGAUUGAGGCCGCGAAGGAGGCUCUGGAUACCCAUGGAUUUGGUCUUGCUUCCGUGCGUUUCAUUUGCGGAACCACCGAUAUCCAUAAGCAGUUGGAGGCCCUGAUUGCGAAGUUCCACGGAAUGGAGGACUGCAUCCUGUACUCGAGCUGCUUCGAUGCCAACGGCGGUUUCUUCGAGGCUCUGUUCAAUGCUGAGGAUGCUGUGAUUUCCGAUCAGCUGAACCACGCUUCGAUCAUCGACGGUAUUCGUCUGUGCAAGGCGAAGCGCUACCGCUACAACCACUGCGACCUGGUCGACCUGGAGCGCAUUUUGCAGGAGACUCAGGAUUGCCGUUACCGCUGCAUUGUGACGGACGGUGUGUUCUCCAUGGACGGAGAUAUCUGCGACCUUGCCGACAAGUACAACGCUCUGGUCUGGAUCGAUGAGUCCCACUCUGCUGGAUUCUUCGGCAAGACGGGUCGUGGUACUCCCGAGUACUGCGGCGUGCAGGGCCGUAUUGAUUUCAUCAACUCCACGAUGGGCAAGGCCAUGGGAGGCGCUUCUGGAGGUUACACUUGCGCUUCGAAGGAGGUGGUGACUCUGCUUCGUCAGAAGUCUCGUCCUUACCUGUUCUCGAACACGCUGGCUCCUUCUCUGGUGGGAGCUGCCAUCAAGACCUACUCGAUGCUGAUGGAGUCGGCCACUCUGCCCGAGCGUGUGCUGGCCAACACCCAUCUGUUCCGUGACCGCAUGACUGCUGCCGGAUUCACUCUGACCGGUGCUUACGACCAUCCCAUCUGCCCUGUGAUGCUGGGAGAUGCGGCUCUGGCCUGCAAGUUCGCCGAUAAGAUGCUGGAGAAGGGCAUCUAUGUGAUUGGAUUCAGCUAUCCUGUGGUGCCUCUGGGCAAGGCUCGUAUUCGAACUCAGAUGAGCGGAGCUCACACUCUGGAGCAGGUGAACCGCUGCGUGGAUGCGUUCAUUGAGGUUGGAAAGGAGCUGGGCGUGAUUGCUUAAGGAGAAGAAGAAGUGUAAGAAUCUUCACUAGUUGAGUUU